AUGACUAUAAAUUGUAAAUUAAUUAAUUAAUUAAAUAUUAUUAAAUAAUUGAUUUUAAAAUUUCAAAAAAGAAUCUUUGGAAAUAAAUAUAGAGAAUCAAAGAAAGGCGACCCAAAAUAUUUAAAAAGGUUAACAAAUUAUUUAGAUCGAAAAAUGGCCUAUAACUAAGAAUCUACCUAUUUAGACUUGAAGAAACAAGUGCAUAAUUUCAGUUACGAAAGUUUAUUUUAAGAAGGUUAAAUCCUCGAAGGCAAAGACAUUCAAUAAGAUUAGUUAAAUGAGUUGCAUGAAGGCGUAUCUCAAAAUACUUAUUUAUUCGUUUAAGAGAAAGACAUAUUAUAAGCGGAUGUAAAGAAUGUUUGCCUAUAUUUUAGACACACAGAGAUAGAAAAGUAGGCUAAUUUAAAAGAAGAAUAAAUCAAAAAAUUCCCAUUUACUAUGAUUACAGAAAGAUUAAAUUAUAUUAUUCAAAAGUAUUAAGAAUAACCUGUUUUACUUGAUACAGUAAUGGAUCAUAUUAUACUACCUCUUAUGGAAGAAGUUAAUCUUUACUUGUAGAAAUUUAUGAAGGAAUCAUUAUAGCAUGGCGAAGACUCAGAGUUUAUUCAAAACAAAAACUAAUAGAGCUUCCAUUAAUUGAUAUCAAUUGUUUAUAUGCUUUGUAAAGUGAGACACUAUAAACAUAUUAACAAAUUUUUCCCACAUGAAGUAAAAGAUCUAGAACCUGUGGUAUAUUAUUUAAUUGUUUAAAGAGCUAGAUAAACUGAAAUUUGGGAGACUAAGUAUGUUUUACUUUUGUGGAUGUCUAUCAUUAUUUUGGUUCCUUUUGAUUUAGUUACCAUUGAUUCUUCACACAUGAAUAUGGAGAUUUUUGAUGCAGCCAUUGUAAAUAAUCCAGCUCUUAGAAAGUAGCAAGGUGUAAAUGCUCCUUAAAGAUGUAAAGGCAUUACUAAUAAUUUGAUUGAAAUUGGUAAAUAUUAUCUUAAUAGCUCAACUAAGCUUAGAGAAGCAUCUUCUUAAUUCUUAAGUAACUUUUUCGCUCGUACAGAUAUUUAAAAGACAACUACUUUAUAUGAAUUUAUUGAAUGGGCUAUUAAAACGGUUUAGUUAUUUGAGAAAGAUCCAUUUUCUAUCAAUUUAUGUGCUGGUAUCUACUCCUCUAUUGUAGAAAUAUUUAAAAUAGGACAACGUAGAGAGUUUUUAAAAAUCAUUCCUCUUUUAGUACCUUUGAUAAAAUAUGAAGAUGAAAAAGGCAAAAAAAUCAUUGAAAAUACUGCCUUACGUCACCUUAAAUGCAAACUAGCAUAAAGAAUAGGAAUGGUUUACUUGAGACCAAGACCUGUUGCAUGGGCUUACAGAAGAGGUAAUAACUCACUGUUAGAAAAUAUGAAGAAGACUAUUACAGAUUCAAAGCUUCAAACUAACGUGUAAAAAGUAGAAAAUAAAUCAAACUAAUCAGUUACAGAAUCUAAUAAGAAUUCAAAAGUAACAGAAAAGUCAGCUUAGGAGCAAGCUAUUGAUUUAUAGAAUAGCCAACAAUAUUUUGAAGAUGUUGAUUAAGAAAAACUAGAAUGUAUCAUAGAUUUCUUGUUGGAAUGCUUAAGGGAUAAGACAACUGUAGUAAGAUGGUCUGCAGCUAAAGGUAUUGGACGUAUUACUUCAAGACUAGAUAUAAGUAUGGCUGACGAUGUUGUUAAUGCAAUUUUAGAUUUAUUCUCUCCUAAUGAAACUGAAGAUACUUGGCAUGGAGGUUGUCUCACUUUAGGUGAACUUUCAAGAAGAGGUUUACUUCUUCCAUCUAGACUUAAAGAAGUAUUUCCUAUACUCUACAAAGCCCUCCACUUUGAUUAAAACCAAGGUAACUAUUCUGUUGGUGCAAAUGUUAGAGAUAGUGCUUGUUAUAUUACUUGGGCCUUUGCACGUGCUUACGAUCCAGAAGUAUUGUAGCCUUAUGUUGAAGAAUUGGCUAAAAAUCUACUAAUAACUUGCUUGUAUGAUAGAGAAGUUAAUUGUAGAAGAGCAGCUUCAGCUGCAUUCUAAGAGCACGUUGGAAGACAAGGUUCCUUCCCCCAUGGCAUAUAAAUUCUCACUGAAGCAGAUUACUUUACACUUGGUCUUAGAAAUAAUGCUUAUUUAAAUAUAGGUCUUUAUGUAUCUCACUAUAAAGUUUAUUUAAGAAGUUUUAUUGAGCACUUAGCUUUUUCUAAACUUCGUCAUUAAGAUAUAGAAUUAAGAAGACUUUCAGCUUCUGCACUUUGUUUAAUGACUUCUCUUGAUCCUGAAUUUAUGAUAAAGGAUGUUCUUAGAAGUCUCUUAAAUUAUGUCACUCAUGACACUGUUGAAAUUAGACAUGGUGCUUUAUACGGAAUAGCAGAAAUAUUGGUUGGUGCUUGUGGUAGAAGCGAUUUACAUAAUAUGAAAGGUGAGAUGAAGGAUAGUGUUUUUUUGAAAACAUUAUCUUCAAAUGAAAGAAAAUUGAUUAAAGCAGGAGAAUAUAUGAGCAAAUUUAAAGAAGAUUAUGAGGUAACUAGAUAUCAGAAUAACAUCAAUAUAUUACUUGGUGAAGAUACUCUGGCUACUGUGUUAGAUGUUGUUAAUUAAAUAGAAAAAGCAAGACUUUUUAGAGGUAAAGGUGGUGAGUUUAUGAGAGUAGCUGUUUGCAGAUUAAUAGAAGCUAUAUCUAUUUCUAAUUUACCAGCAAAGGCUGUCCAUUUAAAGAGAUAUAUGGAUACUUUAGAAGAAUGUUUGAAGAGUUUUAUCGAAAAUAUUUAACUAGCUGCUAGUAAAGCACUCAAAAUAUUUAGUGCCACUUACCACACUGAGCCAAAAAAAGAAUUUAACCAAUAUGUGACAAAGUUUAUCGCAGCUGCUUCUACUGAUUUAAAUGUUGCUGUGACUAGAGGUUACACUCUUGGUUUAGCAGCAUUCUCUCCAUCUUUACUAAAAGCAAACCUCACUGAAAUUUUAAGAGUUUUAGGUGAAAACUGUAAAACAAAAUCUAAGGAAGAAGAUGACGCUGAUACUCGUAAAUACGCUGUAAAUGCAUUUUAUAAGAUAAUAGCUAUUCUAGGUCUAGAUGGUAACACCUGCAUAUCUCAAGAGCAAUUUAACUUCAUCUUUGAUUAAUGCAAACAAGUUAUGGGAGACUAUACUAUGGACAAGAGAGGAGACAUAGGUUCAAUUGUAAGAGAAGCUUCUAUGGUAGUCCAACAAAAUAUUUUAAAGAAAUGGGUAAUGACAAAAUAAUAAGAAAAUGAAGAAAAUAAAACUAAAUUAGUGAUUUCAAGUGAAUUGAUGCAUAGCAUCAUUUGUCUGAUCCUACAAUAGUUAUCUGAAAAAAUAGAUAGAGUAAGACUUGUUGCAGGAAGUGUCAUACAAGAAAUUUUUGAUAAUCUUUAUGAUACCCUUCCUGAUUUCCCUAAAAAGAAAGAGCUCCAAGCAAUCUUUAACAAACAAAACAUAAAAUCUUUAGUGCAAAAAGACGAAGACAGAAUGGAUGCAUUUUUUGAAACUGAAGUCAUCAAAGCAGAAUUAACUCAUUUUUCAAAUGAGCAAAAUGUUAAAAUAAAUGAUUUUAUCUUUUAUUGGAACUAGCCUCAUGGAGUGUACCCAAUAGUAACACAACUCUUAUAGCAUGCAGAAUACAACUAUUACAUAAUUAAGGGAUUGUGCGUUAGUGUUGGUGGAAUCACUGAAAGUGUAGUUAAGCAUUCUCUCGGAGCUCUGACUCAGUUUAUCUCUAAUAUAUCAAAAACUUAACUUCAAAAUGAGGUCUUUGAACUCACCUUUGAAAAUAUUAUAAAAAUCUUAAAUGAGUAUGCAAAAGAAGAAAGAGUAGUCAUUCCGAUGUUCAAAACUCUUGAUUUUAUGUUUGAAAAAAGUGAAAUUCAAGAGUGGGCAAAGACAAAUAAUUAUGGAGAAAAGAUAUUUGAGAUUAUUUGCAAGGAAAUCAAAGGAACUAAGUCAAUAUUAAAAAUACCUUCAUGCGUUGGCUUGGUUGUUGGAUUGAUGAAUUUGUAAAAAGAAAGUAUAUAAAAUGAUAUGCUAGAGCUCAUUUUAUCAAUAUUAACUCACAAAUUCCCAAAGGUUAGAAAAGCAAUGUCUGAUAAAUUAUAUCUUCUUUUGCUUGCUUCUGGGGAGGAUCUUUUUGGAGAAGAAAAGAGCGAUGCUUGUAUAGAAUUAUUAAUGGAAAGAGACUGGUUAGAGGAAAAACAAACAUUCGAAGAAGUAGAAUAAAAAUUCAGAGACAUAUUUAGCUUAACUAAAAAGACUGAUUGA